GGGCCUCCUCUCUGGACGAAUCCGUUCCGUGCUGCGCGUCCGAGUCCGCCUCUCCGCGCCCCUGCUUCCUCACUGACGCACUUUUUAAGCGUCUUCCUCCUCGUCCACCUUAAGGCAGCAGCAGCAGCGGCGGCGGCGGCGGCAGCAGCGACCAAUCACCAUGCCAUUACAGCCUGCACAGGAAGCUGUUUAUGGGGCUGCAGCGCUAAUUAGGCUCAUGAACUAACAGGUCUGCUGCACGAACCCGGCCAGGAAAACGAUCACAUCCAUGGAUUAGUCUGGGAGCACAGGCGCGCUUCCCACUUCGGCUUUUCUCGGCUCCGACGCGCCUUCCCACAAACUUUUCCCCACUUUUCUUCACUGUGGAGUAUUUUCCUCCCAACGACGCCCACAACAACUUCCACCUACACUGGGAAACCUGGACUAUCAGACCAUGUUCCAGCCCACACCCAAGCGGUGUUUCACGAUAGAAUCUUUAGUGGCGAAGGAUAAUCCGGUUCCCGCGUCCCGGUCCGAGGAGCCCAUCAGGCCCGCGGCUCUCAGCUAUGCAAACUCGGGCCAGAUCAACCCGUUCCUCAAUGGCUUUCACUCCGGCGGCAGGGGCGUGUACUCGAACCCGGACUUGGUGUUUGCUGAGGCGGUCUCUCAUCCGCAGAACUCGGCGGUCCCGGUGCACCCGGUGGCCCCGCCGCACGCGCUGGCCGCUCACCCGCUCUCCUCCUCACACAGCCCGCACCCGCUUUUCGCCAGCCAGCAGCGGGACCCGUCCACCUUCUACCCCUGGUUGUUACACAGAUAUCGGUACUUGGGUCACAGAUUUCAAGGCAACGAAACGAGCCCGGAGAGCUUCCUUUUGCACAACGCGCUGGCCAGAAAGCCCAAAAGAAUCCGGACGGCUUUUUCUCCCUCGCAGCUCCUGAGGCUCGAACACGCGUUUGAGAAAAACCAUUACGUGGUGGGAGCCGAGAGGAAGCAGCUCGCGCACAGCCUUAGCCUCACAGAAACUCAGGUAAAAGUUUGGUUUCAGAACCGGAGGACGAAGUUCAAGCGGCAGAAGCUGGAGGAGGAGGGUUCGGAGUCUCAGCAGAAGAAAAAAGGCUCUCAUCACAUAAACCGGUGGAGACUGGCGACGAAGCAGGCGAGCCCGGAGGAGAUCGACGUCACGUCGGACGAUUAAAAACAAUGAAAAGGGACAAAACGCGCGUGGAUGAAGGAGGAGUGGAUUAAAGGAUGACACGGGGACAAAGUCGGGGUUCUCUGCUGCUCCGGGCGGGUCCGUCGGUCCAAACGACCCAGGGAAACGCAGCGUCUCGGUAUCCGAACCCUUCCACCCACAUCUAGUUUUUUUCUCCAACUCAUAUUUUGCACUUCAAAUUUUUUUUAACAAUCAAGAUCCAAAAAAAAAAAAA